AAAAGACCUAUAUAUUAAAAAUAUAUAAAUUGGAGGCGAGUGCUCGUGAUUUGGGGUGGGCUUUGUGACGUCACCGUUACAGACGCAUGUUUGCGGAAGUGAUCAGAGGACGAAGGUUGUGCAGGCGUGAUGGAGGUGCGAAGGAAAUUAUUGAACUCAGUUGAUAAGUGUGUGGACGAGGCUCUGGAGGGUCUCGUGAGGAGUAACGGGGAUCUGGUGCUGCUGCGGGGGCACAGAGUUGUGCUGCGGUCAGAUCUGGAGAGCAUUAAGGGAAAGGUAGCGCUCCUGUCCGGAGGAGGAUCUGGCCAUGAACCCGCACAUGCAGGUUACAUUGGCAUGGGGAUGCUGUCUGGAGCUGUGGCGGGAGCUGUAUUCGCGUCCCCUCCUCCAGGCAGUGUGCUGGCUGCCAUUCUGACUCUGUGGAAGGGAGGCGCUUCAGGAGUCCUGCUCAUCGUGAAGAACUACACGGGUGACCGUCUAAACUUUGGCAUAGCUGUUGAACAGGCCAGAUCACAGGGCCUCCAGGUGGACAUGGUGAUUGUGGCCGAUGACUGCGCCUUCGCUCAGCCCAGCAAGGCCGGCAGGAGAGGCAUUUGUGGAACUGUGUUCAUUCAUAAGCUAGCUGGAGCUCUGGCAGAGAAAGGCUGUCCUUUGGAUGAAAUUGUUGCAUGGGUGAACAAAGCAACAAAAAAUAUUGGCACAAUGGGUGUUAGUCUGUCUCCAUGCAGUGUGCCCGGAUGCCUUCCAACUUUCCAGCUUCCACCAGGAGAGAUGGAGCUGGGACUGGGGAUCCAUGGAGAACCCGGUAUUAAGAGAUCAAAAGUGGCCUCAGCUGAUGAAGUUGUGAAAACUAUAAUAAGUCACAUGACUGAUUCCUCGAGCAAAUCACAUCUGUCCCUGAAGUCAGGAGACAAGGUGGUGCUGUGCGUGAAUAAUCUUGGUGGUCUCUCAUGUUUGGAAAUGGCUGUAGUUUCCAAAGCAGCUGUACAUUGCCUAGAGGAGCGUGGUGUGCUGGUUGUCAGGGUGAUGUCGGGAUCAUUCAUGACAUCACUGGAGAUGGCGGGAAUGUCUCUUUCUUUAAUGAAGGUUGAUGAAGAGGUGCUCAGACUGUUUGAUGCUAAAACCACAGCCCCAGCCUGGCCAAACCUCAGCCCGACCUCUGUGAGUGGGAGGAACCUGUUCAUGGAACCUGCAGAAAAACUUGCCGCAGCUUCAGAUAAAUAUAAUGACGGCUCGCUUUCCUCCGUCAUUCGCCUGGUUUUGGAGUCGGUGUGCAAGAUCCUCCUGCAGCGCCAAGAGGAACUCAAUGCUUUGGACCGCGCAGCAGGGGAUGGAGAUUGUGGGAGCACACAUGCUCUUGCAGCUAAUGCCAUUCAGGAGUGGCUCCAGACCAGUAGAAUCCCUGGCAACCUUGGCCAGCUUCUUGCAGAUCUGGCUCUGUUGGUCCAGGAUAGGAUGGGAGGAUCAUCAGGGGCGUUAUAUUGCUUGUUUUUGUCCGCGGCUGCCCCUCAUCUCAAACAAAACUGUGAUGGUGCUGCUUGGGCCAAGGCAUUGCAUGCUGGGACAGAGGCCAUGAAGAGAUAUGGAGGUGCUGAACCAGGAGAUCGGACCAUGCUUGAUGCCCUAUGCCCUGCUGUGGAGGAGUUGAUGAAACUUUCCACAGCACCUCCUGAUGGUCACAUGGCUAUACUACAAGCAGCAGUGGAGAAAGCAGAUUUAGGAGCGGAAUCUACCCGCAGUCUCACUGCAAGGGCUGGACGUGCCAGUUACGUUGCAUCUGAACAUCAGACCCAGCCUGACCCCGGUGCCGUGGCAGUAGCCGCCAUUCUGAAGGCCAUACUCCAUUCUUUGAAGGAAGAGAGUUAAAGAAGCUUUUUAAACUACCCUAUUAUGCUAUUUUAAAGGUUCCUAAUUUCCUAAUUUUGUUUUGGAGGUCUCCUACAAUAGAUUUACAUGCAUCCAAGGUUAAAAAAAAAAAAAAAAAAAAACUUUAAUUUUCUUAUAAUAUACAUUGCACAUGACCUAAUUUCUCAAAGAGGAUUCUCUCUCUCUAAACCCCUCCAACCCCUCUUCUGAUUGGUCAGAUGGUCCAGUCUGUUGUGAUUGGUCUACGGCUUACAGAGAGGGUGUCAGAAACUAAAUGCCAAUUACCAUAUCUAAAUUUCAGCUGCGGAGGCUUCCUCAGCACUUGAUAAACAGCGAUACGAACGAUGGCGUCAUUUUUUCCAUAUAAAUUCCAGCGUGAGUCCUCAUCCUUUUGAAGUGCAGCAAAGUAGAUUCACAGAACCGAAAACAAUGUCUUCUCGACAUGACGACAACAUGAACCAAACUUUUCCAGGCCUCAGCUACAACUACAGUAUUUGAGGGUCAAAGUAGAUGUUCGCUGGCAGCCAGUGAAGACCAUAUGCUGGCAUUACAUUGUUACAUAGGUUUGUAACAGGAAGUGAGACUGUAAUUGCUGAUGACGCAUUUCUGCAGUUCAGAAUCGAUUCUUUAUUUUAGGAGACAAUAACUUUAUUUGUCGUGCACUUUGAUCUUUAAAACUUUGCAGACCUUUACAUUCACAAACAGCUGUAGUACACAUUACAUGAAAGGUAAUAUUCAAAAAAGCAUAAUAGGGGCACUUUAAGGAACAGUAAAGCAAAAGGUUAUAAACAAAACACAAGAGUUUGCUAGCAAUGAUUUUUGCAGAUCUUUAAGAUGCUGUUUGAUUUUUAAAAACAUUAAAAUACUUUAUGUAUAUAUACUGGGUCAAUCAUUUGUGUGGGUUUGGUCCAAGAAACCCGUUUAAAACGAGUCAUAAUUUGUGUAUUGCAAUUUGGUGCCACUAACUUCAGCUUUAAUGAAAAUAAUGGAAAUACUGAAUAAAUAAUUAAUCAAUACACUGCCAAUAACAAAACAAUAAAAGUGACUAAGACCAAACAUUGUUAAAAUGAGAGGGCUUUGAAUUUGAAUUGUUCUUGUUUACUGUUGUAAACAAUUAUGCUAAUUUCAGUAUUGUAAAAUGAAUAAAUGUAACUAAUAAAAACUGCUAUAUUUUAA